CAACCCCGGUUCAUGGUUUCCAUUUGACUCAUCUUGGGCGAGGAAACUUGGUCAACUUGGGUGAUAGGAGUUACUGCUCAUGUGCUGAUCACAAUCCGACUAUUAUACCUUUCUUGUUUUUUGUUUUAAUUCAUAUAUUAUUUAUCUUCUUUCUUGAUCGCCAUGUCUGGAAAUCUGUGGAAUCUACGAGAACAACAGCAACAACAACAACAACAACAACAGCAGCAGCGGUGAUGAAUUAAACACCAUUAUCUUUAUUGGGUUCUCCACAUGUUCUCUUCGACAAUGCUUAGGCUCUGUUUGCAGAGAACCCUGAGGCCGUGCAUGCAAGGAGCACAGAAACGCUGGCUCGGUACACACAAGCACAAAGAGAAGCUGGAACUGUUAAACACUCCAAAAGGAGCCAAAGACUUUAUCUACAGCCUGCAUGCUGCAGAGCGCAGCUGCUUACUGCGAGAGCUGCAGAACUUCGAGUCCAUCGCCAUCGCUCAGGAACAACUGGAGUCGUCGCCACCCAGCGCCAGUCAGCUGAGAUACGUACUCCUUCACAACGCCAUCCCGUUUGUCGGAUUCGGCUUCCUGGACAACGCCAUCAUGAUCGCUGCAGGAACCCAGAUUGAGCUGUCCAUUGGAGUGACCUUCGGAAUAUCGACUAUGGCAGCGGCGGCGUUAGGAAACUUGGUUUCUGACCUGGCUGGACUCGGGCUAGCAGGUUAUGUGGAGGCUCUAGCUGCCCGCUUGGGGAUGCAGAUUCCUGAUCUUACACCCAAACAGGCUGACAUGUGGCAGACCAGACUCAGCUCCCACUUAGGAAAGGCGAUCGGCGUCACCAUCGGCUGUCUGCUCGGGAUGUUCCCGCUCUUCUUCCUCAGUGAUGAUGAUGAUGAUGAUGAAGACAAGACUCUGAGUGCUGCAGUAACUCCACUCUCAGACUCCAAAUAACUGUUAUUAAUACACACCGCCGCACAACAAUGCCGCACAACAACACUAUUGGGAUUUUUAUUAUGUUUUUAAUCUACUAAUGUUCUCAUGGAGGACGUGUCGUUCAUGCUCUGUGUCCAGAAAACCUCAGAAGUAGAUUUGUUUUAGUUUGGUGCUGAAGCUGUGAGGUGAGCAGAGCUGAAGCGUGAGGCCUAAAUACUUGCCAUUUUUAUGCGAAGAAUAAAUGUGUUAAUUAGACAGACCAUAAUAACAAAUCUAGAAAGUUCUACCGGAUGUCCAAGAUGGAACUAACACUACAAUGUUCAGCUAGUUUUGUUCAUGUACAGCAUCAAGCUUGUGAGCUUAUAGAAACCAUGAAAAAGCUGCGAAUAUUUAAGCAUCAUUUACAUAAAACCACACAUAUGAAGAAAAAAAAACAAAA